CACGCGCUGUAACUUCAACUGACGGCUACGAACCGGCGAGGCAAGCACACAGAAAUCGCGGCGUCACACCGAAACAGUGCAAAAAUGGAGUGGACCCCAAUGGAGAUCAACCCGGAGAUGCUGAACAAGAUGAUGAGCAAGUUAGGCGUGGGUGAAAGCUGGCGCUUUGUUGAUGUGCUGGGUCUGGAGGGGGAUCAACUCUCUGCUGUCCCCAAACCAUGCUGUGCCUUGAUGCUGCUCUUCCCGCUGACACAGCAGCACGAGUCUUUCAGGCAGCAGCAGGCAGACAAGGUUGCAGGAGAUUCUGAGGUUUAUUUCCUGAAGCAGACGGCAGUCAAUUCCUGUGGCACGAUCGGCAUGCUGCAUGCUGUGGCCAACAACAAAAGCAAAAUGACAUUUGAUGAUGGCUCUUCUCUGAAGAAGUUUCUAGAUGACACUGCAAACAUGUCUGCUGAUGAACGUGCCAAACAUCUGGAGAAUAACCAAGCAAUCUGGAAGGUUCACAAUGAGGUUGCAGUGCAGGGCCAGUGUAGGCCGGAAGCCGAUAAAGUAAACUUCCACUUUAUUGCCUUCGUCAAUGCAAAUGGUGAACUUUAUGAAUUUGACGGGAGAAUGAAUGGACCAGUGAAGCACGGCGCUACCAAAGAUGAGUCAUUCAUAACGGAUGCAUCCAAAGUGUGCCGUGGAUUCAUGGAGCGAGAGCAAGGCGAGGUCCGUUUCUCCGCGGUGGCUCUUUGUCAAAGUUAGAUAUUCGGUAGGACACGCAUUCAAAUUGUAAACCAAAAUGUCCCGACGCGUUCACGUGGCAAACACAACCCACACAUCUGCAGACACUAUGCACUAUAAAGCACAUUGUCGUCACAUGCUGUUACUUCAUCUCUUGAAUAAAGUGCACAUAAACACAAACUCACUAUCAAACCCUUUUUUUGUUCUGCCGAUACAAACUGAUACACGCUUGUUCAAACUGUUUUCUGUGACAUCGUUCAGCAAUGGAAAUUGUAAACCAUGAGCUCACCACUGCUUGUGUGCAUUUGUAUUUAUUUAUUUUUGCAGCUUUUUUUGUAUGUGAUAUGUAUCCAAGUGUAAAACCCUGAUGCUUAAAUACCUUUUGUGCCAAUAAAUAGAAUACAGACGAGUGAGAAGGAAAAGACAGAACUUGUGUGGCGAAAUGUUUUUUUUCGGAAUGCCCUCAGUUGCUGUGUGGUUGCGUUUAUAAGGAUCUGGCAUUCCUGAGAACAGCCCAAAUGUGUCCGUAGGAAUAAUUUAACCAUUGUUCGGAGAAUACACACAACCUUUUGAGUAGUGGUCUUAGGUGGCCGUUUGGAAAAACUGACGUUUUCUUUGAGAAGUUUGAAUUUAAAAGUGUUUAUUGGUGGAUUAGUCUUUUUGCUUUCCGAAAUGUAAUUCAAUUUGAAAUGUUUGCACUUUUUAUAGCUAUGGAUUUUCACUUCAGCCACAAAUGGUCAAAUGCACUAAAGUGUGCAAAUAAAAUACCAAACCUCCAAACACGGCACUGACCAUUAAAAUGAAGUGCUGCUCUAUGUUGGGUUGUCAUGCAGGGUGUUGACUGUCUAGGCUGUGCACUAAUUGUUUACCUUUAUGCACCUUCUAAAUGCUUUGUUGGUGAAGCAGCUGUGAGAAAUCAAUAAAGCAACCAUUAGA